CAUCUGUGGUGGUCUGAGUUGAACCGACCUAACAUGAAGAGGACAGAGGAGGAGACAGAGCAGCGGAUUAACAGCAACAAGACAAUCACACAGCGGGCUUUAUGUGUAUAAUAACAUCAUUCUCUGAAGAGGACGGAAACUGGCCUCCUGAGUGCUCAGAGUCUUUCUCAGCCACUCAGGGUGAGCAUUACUGCUUCACUUCAUCAUCACACAGCACCACUGAAGCAAGGCAAGGUCAGUGUCGGCGUGAAGAACCUUGUUGACUACUGCGGUGGCGGGGCAGGAGAACACAGCUCAGGAAGAUGGCAUCACCCUUUGUGCCUGUCCCUAUGCCGUUGGACAGAGCCUUGACGGGAGGUAGCAGCAAGCUCAGGCGGCCACAGCGAGCUUCAUCACUAGGCAGCGUCUCCAGCGCCUCUGCUGGGGAGGACCAUGGAAGAGGAUUAGGUCCCCGGCGCCACUCCCGCUGCAUGGACAGAGGCAGCCGGAGCAGGACACCACCACCCCCCCAGAGCCCUGUGACACGAGCCAGGGUGAACGGGACUCUGGAGCCCUCCAUAGAGUACUCUAGCUGUCCCCGCUCUAUAUCUGAUCCUUCUGGGAGCCAGCACAGUGAGGAGAGGCCUAUUACCCCCACUGUGCUGGGGUAUGAGGUCAUGGAGGAGAGGGCCAAGUUCACGGUGUUUAAGGUCCUGGUCAGGAAGACUCCAGAUGAGAGCUGGGUUGUGUUUCGAAGGUACACAGACUUCUCCAGAAUCAACGACAAGCUGAAGGAGAUGUUUCCAGGCUUCCGCCUCGCGCUGCCUCCUAAGCGGUGGUUCAAAGACAACUAUGACACCGACUUCCUGGAAGACAGACAGUUGGGACUACAGGCCUUUUUGCAAAACCUGGUUGCACACAAGGACAUUGCCAACUGCAUGGCAGUGAGAGAGUUUCUGUGUCUGGAUGACCCACCUGGGCCUUUUGAUAGUCUGGAGGAGAGCAGAGCGUUCUGUGAGACUCUGGAGGAGAGCAACUAUCGUCUCCAGAAGGAGCUGCUAGAGAAGCAGAAGGAGAUCACCUCCCUGAAGAGGAGGCUGGAGGAGAGGGAGCAAGCCAUCCUGCUACUGGAGAAGCAUAUCAAUGGUGAGUGUGUGAGCCCAGAGUCUCUGUGUGGUCUGUCAGCUCGGGGCAGUGAGAGCAGCGCAGAUGCAGAUGUGGAGUCGUCUGCUGCAGAGGCUGAUCAGGAUGUGCCUGACGACACUGGUGGCAGGUGUGAGGUCCAGCCAGUGCGAUCCUCUGCCUGUUGGUGUGGGCCGUCACUCAGCACCUCUCCUCCGGUCAUCCAGGUCACUCAGCUUUACCACCAGAAGCUGGAACAAAAGCAAUGAACACUGGUCCUCCUCUUCUCCUUUUCCUCCAUCUCCUCCUCCCCUACUAGACCACUCCACAGUCAAUAUGUUUGAGCGCUAUUUCAUACCCUUUGUUUGUUUAUCAUCUUUAUCAUUCCUUCCUCCCACCACAACUUGCAUUUCCCCUUUCCACCUCCCAGAUUGUAACCGCUGUUUCAACUUCCAGUCUUGGAGACGGAUCUGGAGUAGCCUUUAUCUCAAGAUCUGUGUAUGAAUUAAAAGGGAACAGAUUUAUACUGCAACAGCCUGUUUCACUUGUAUAUCCCCCUAUACGAUGGGUCAUGGGAUAUUUUUUCUGGCCCAGACAGACGAAUUUCUGAAGACCUUGUACAACUUGUGCAAGAUAUGAACUAUAUAUUGAAUUACAUGGCUACACUUGUCAAAACCUAAGUGGAUCUGUCUUAAACUGUGUUGGAAUUUCUCAGUCGUCCUUGUUCACUUUUGAACCUCGUACGGCAGCCGCUAGAUUGGAUCAACUUGAUCUUGCGGUCACAAAGCCAAAGUUUGGCUUCUUGACCAAAAAAAAAAAAAGAUAACUUGAAGAUGACCGUGACAAUCGACAGAAAACCCGAACCAUCAUCUCAUUAGUUUCUGCAGACGUGCAUUGCCUUAUUGCUCAUUACUUGUGACAAGAGGCCCUCCUCUCAAACCAGAAAAACAACACCCUCAUUUGGCUAUAGAAAUUAAAAAAAGAAAAGUCUGGAUAAAUUAAAUGUCUUAGAAUACACAUUGGUAACCGGGUGGGUAUCACCGAGGAUUGAUAACUUUGUUUGUAGGAAUUUCCAUGUCAUUGCUUUGUACUGCCAAUCACUCUCAUUGAGGCUAUAGACAGAUCUUAAGAAACUUCAACUUCAGUUUGCAUCUAAAAGCCUAGAUUCCCUCAUGUUUUAGUGCCAUGCGUGAUUUAUACUAUCUGUACUGUGCUCUACCGAGACAGAGCCAAGGAAAUAUGGCCUAUUGUUGCUUUUUGAGGAAUGUAAUGCACACUAUCAUGUCAUUUCCCUGACACAUGCAUCAGUUUGCUCUUAGACAUUGAUUAUGCCAAUUUAAGUGAAGUCCAUAAAUAUUUACAACAUUAAACCUCUUGUAGCACCUUUCCUCAAGGUCUACCUAGAUACUGUAAUGUGGGUAUUAAUAAAGGAUCAGUUCACCUAUUUUACAAAAAACAAAACAUGUUCUACUUACCCCUGCUGGCGUGUGGCCAUACAGAUAGUUUUGGUUUUAUCUGCUGAAGAUUUUAAAGGUUCUAUAUACAGGAUUCAGAGUAUUAAUAUAGCAGCAAACAACUAUUUGCAAUCUAAAGAUAUACACAGAUCCAGGGAAAUACCGUAAGUAAACAAGUCACCAUUACUGUGGUGGCGACUCUUUACUAUACGCGCUCGCUUGAAUGUAAGCUGUCCUAAGAAGUGUACAAUUUUCUGCUUUUACGUUUAUUUUCUAUGUAACGUUAGUCUUAAAAGCAAUGUCUAGGAGUUUGGUAAUAACCUAAGAACAUAGCGUUAGCCUAACAUAGUGCAACAAGUAACGUCAGGUUAACACCGCUUAGCUAGCGUUGCUAACGUUAGUGGGCUAAAGACACAGUCUAGGGGCUGCGGUGGUCCCACAGAAUGAAUGAAUUUAAUCAACUAAAUGUGGUGUUAUUGUGAAAUAUAACGUUGGUUGUUCUAACUAGGACAACCUAAUGACCACAGAGUAAACAUCAUUCGAUCAGCAUCACAAACAGAACACGUACUGUACAAAGUGUCCGCUAACCAUGUUAACUGGUGACUCUCAGCCGAAUGCGUCGUUGGUGAAAACAUGAACAGAACAUGUAGGUGUCCUCGUAAAAGCCUUCAAUUUGACUUUAAUCAAUUUUAAAUGCAUACUCAUCUGAUUAAAUACAUAUUCAUCUGUGUUUAUUAUUUAAGCCAGCCAUUUACUGAAAGCACCACGGGUAACCACAGAAGAAUUUCGCUGAAAGUCAACAGUUAACACAAACACUGAGUCACUAUGACUUGCCACCGCAGUAAUAGCGGUGCCGCUAGAUGGCGGAACACACAAAGCGGUUGUUGAAUUCGUCUAUAGUGGAUUAUUUUCUACCUGAGCAGAGAAUGAAGUCGCUCUCCCUUCGUGUGUGUUGUAAUCCGAGCUUCUCUGUGCUUUGUUGACAUAGCCGGGCCGGCCGUGUGUGCCGCUUGGAAAGCUAUUGGCCACCACUCUGCAAUACGCUCAUGUGGCGGUUACUGCUGAUAACGCCAUCGCGGCCCACAGCGUUGUCACAAAAGCAUAGCACCCACCCUCCCAGGUAAACACUGUUAGCUCUUUCAGCGCUGUUGCCGUUGUUUGCACUGUUCGUGCUGUUGGCACCGUUAGCUGCUAGCCGCCGGCUCAGCCGUUUCCAUGUUGAGCUGUGUGGAGGCAAUAGAUAUGCUCUGGAUUCCAUAUUGAGCACCUUUAAGAUAUCCUUCUAAGAUUUCUUCCUCUAUCUUGAUACAAUUAGGUGAAUGGAAUUUUGUUUGUGGUGCUCAACUUAUUGGAAAAUGACAUGAAAAACUCAACAGUAAUCCACAGAUAAUCCACAGACACAACCACUAUCAGUGGAACCACCAUAAUUCCUCUUGAAAGGGCCAUCUGGGGGUAACAUCCUGAAUAUCUGUGACCUUCAUUGUGGGUUGGAAGCAGACGUUUCAGAGCCACAUAUCUCAAAAUCUCUCCACAUGAAACCAAAACUGUCUGUAGUGGUAGAGACGCAUAAGAGUAGGCGAGAACGCUUUGUGUAAUUUGGGUGAACUAACCUUUUAAGGAACUCGAUCACUCGAUUUUAAGACCUCAGCUUCAGUCAAGGCCACUAUAUCCGAGUGGUGCUAAUUUAUCUGAAGGAAAUUAAGAAGCUAUGACCUGAGAGACUACAGAGCCACAGUUCUGAAAACCUUUUAUUUUAACAACACAGCCUUGUUUUAAUAGAUCAACGCCAUUGGAAAUAAGAUGCAGAAUCAUCCUAUUUGCCAGAAGAACUGGGUGACAUAAGCAACUGAUAAACACUAGCCAGAGUGUUACCAGGCCUACACAUCAUUCCCAAAAGCCAUAUUUAACACUUGAGAUGCAGUGGUUUCACAUGUGGUAAUGCGUGCUGAGUUAAUAGGGUGUAUGACAACCACAGCUAAGUUGAACCAUCUCAAACUGGACCUGGCUAAAGGUCAUGUGAUGCACUUUACGGACGAAUGGCGACCCAUACUGUUUGCAAGGAUAGAGUUUUUACUGCUUAAUUAGUUUGAGACAGAAACGUGCCUUUUCAACCACUGAAUCUGUCUUGAUUCCCUACUGGAUCUAAUGUGCUAAUAUGUGAUUAAUGUAUAUGGACUUUGGUCAAUGUUUUGUUUCCCUUCACGCAUAAUUCUAAGUGCCUUGAACAUCUUUCACCUAUCUUUAUUUUGAUGUGUUUAAAUAGCUUUAUAGAUUUGUGUAGAACAUGAAAUAAUUCCACUGUUUGUUCCUCUGGUGGAAAUAAUGUUUUAAAUGACACUCAUAUGUGUAUGUCAUUGCUUGGAGUAGACUGAACCAACAUGUUUUUGUAAUAUUACAUGAAUUAAUAUAAAGUCUUAGUUCACAUAUACACCUUUAGUUGCACUAUAAAAGACGGAUAAUGGAAAAUGGAUAACAUUUGGUGUCACUAUUAAUGUCCUGGAUUUAAAGGGAUAAGUCACUGAGAAAUCUGGUCUGACAUGAAUACUGUAGAUACUGUAACACGCUAUAGCAGAGAUGUUUAUCAGAAAGACAUUUUUAAUUCACCCACAAUUUAAUGUGGAAUGAUCUAUUGAAUACACAUGUAUGUUUUCUCACAUUUAAAGUCAUGAAAUGUGAUCAGUAGUUUGUUUUCGGGUGAAAUUGAACUGUCAGGUCUGGUAAUUGAUGAGAUGAUGUGGGCUUACAGUUAAAGUAUGGCCCAUUUUAAAAGUGUGCUUUCAAAAUUUAAUAAAUUCUUAUCACGAAAAUA